AUGAGCCAGCGACUGCCGCUCCAACUGCAGCAGGAGCGGGAAGAGAGAAGCGGCAGCGGGCCGCCGCCGCCGCCGGCAGCGCCGUCCGCCGCCCGGAGCCCGAACCCGAGCCCGGACGGGGGCGCUCUCGACGGAGGGUCUCGGGUGGCCGGCCCCGAGCAGGAGGAGGCGGAGGAGAAGGAGGGAGCGGGCGGCGGGGAAGCGAGGGAGCGCGGCGGGCUGGACUGGGAGGAGGAGCGGACCUGCGAGCAACCAGGCACGGCCGCCAACGACGCCGAGUCGGUGUGCAGCAGCAACGGCAGCUGGCGCAACGGGGGUAUCACCCCUACCUGCAGGAUCUGCUUCCAGGGCUCCGAGCAGGGUGAAUUGCUAAGUCCCUGCCGAUGUGAUGGCUCAGUACGCUACUCCCAUCAGCCAUGCCUUUUGAAAUGGAUUAGUGAAAGAGGGUCAUGGAGCUGUGAGAUUUGCUGUUACAGAUACCAUGUGGUAGCAAUAAGAAUGAAAAGACCAUGCCAGUGGGAACCUAUCACAGUGACCUUGGUUGAGAAGGUUCAAAUCAUAGCAGUGAUCCUUGGUUGCCUUUUCCUGAUAGCAAGUGUGACCUGGCUUUUAUGGUCAGCCUUCAGUCCUGCUGCAGUCUGGCAGAGAAGAGACAUUUUAUUUCAGAUCUGCUAUGGGAUGUAUGGCUUUAUGGACCUUGUUUGCAUAGGACUGAUCAUUCAUGAAGGAGCAGCAAUUUAUCGAGUGUUUAAACGCUGGAGAGCUGUUAAUCUGCACUGGACCGUGUUAAAUUACGAUAAAGCAAAAGACUUAGAAGUAAACAGCAACCAUGCUGAAAGCUCAGUCAAUCAGACCCUUUGGUCAUCUCUGAAUCAGUUCAGAACACGGAGGCCUGUUGGCUCCACCAGGUUAAUGUCUGAACCAUUUCACUGCAGCUACACUUUGUUACAUUUGCUCACCCGAUUCAGACCCCAAGAUGAGGAGUAUGAUGACAACAGUUCUGCUGAAGUGGUAAUGAGGGUAACAACAGUUUGAAAGUGUGUUCCUCAUGGUCUAAUGAACUAAUGAAUUGCAUACGUUUAUUCCUGCCUUUGUACACCAAGAUCAAACAAGUAUAUAGGAUAAAGAAAUGUAAUAUAUUUAAAAAUCCUUUUAUAAAAUGCAUGCA